GGGCUGUGGUUGGCUCUCCCGGCUGGCACGGAGCCGCUCGGUUGUUGUUCUGAUCAAAGAUGGCUGCUGUUGUCACGGAUGGAGAAUGAGCCCAGGCUGUCAUCCGAACACAGGCCGAGGAAACGAAGACAACCCCGCCCAGAAACAGGCACCGGAACCCGGCUGGACCCGAAUCCAACCCGCUUAACCCGAAUCUGAUUCUCUUGUGAAGGGGGCGUAGUGACAGACAGCAGACAUGGACACCACCACAUCCAUCAAGAUGACCACUCUGGCCAUCCAGAACCUGUUCAGCUAUGUGGAGGAGGAGAACCUGGCCGCCCUCAAAGCUCACCUGGACCGCUUUAAGGAGGUGGACGGACGCAGCGACAACGGGCAGACCCCUCUCAUGCUGGCGGCUGAACAGGGCAGUCUGGAGAUCGUCCAGGAGCUGAUCAGGAGAGGAGCUAACGUCAACCUGGACGACGUGGACUGCUGGUCGGCUCUGAUCAGUGCGGCUAAAGAAGGUCACAUCGACGUGGUGAAGGAGCUGCUGGAGAACAGCGCCUACAUCGAGCACAGAGACAUGGGUGGCUGGACGGCUCUGAUGUGGGCCGCUUACAAAGGACGAGUGGAUGUCACCGAGCUGCUGCUGGAGCAUGGAGGAAACCCCAACACUACAGGACAGCAGUACAGUGUGUAUCCGAUCAUCUGGGCUGCAGGUCGAGGACACGCAGACAUCGUUAAAGUUCUGCUGGAUAACGGAGCCAAAGUCAACUGUUCUGACAAGUACGGGACCACUCCUCUGAUCUGGGCCUCCAGGAAAGGACACUUUGACUGUGUGAUGCACCUGCUGGAGAACGGCGCGGACGUUGACCAGGAGGGGGCGAACUCGAUGACCGCUCUGAUCGUGGCGGUGCGUGGCGGCUACACAGAGGUGGUUAAGGAGCUGCUGAAGAGGAACCCGAAUGUCAACAUGACGGACAAAGACGGAAACACGGCUCUCAUGAUCGCUGCCAAGGAGGGCUACACCGAGAUCGUCCAGGACCUGCUGGACGCCGGGACGUACGUGAACAUCCCUGACCGGAGUGGGGACACUGUGCUGAUUGGAGCAGUGAGGGGGGGUCAUGUGGAGAUCGUCAGAGCUCUGCUGCAUAAAUAUGCUGACAUUGACAUCAGAGGACAG